CCUUGUUUUGCGAACCGGUCCAUUGUCUACUGCAUUGUGACAAAAGCUUUUGAACCGCUCCAUCCUGAGACGACCGAGUUUUCCAAGUUAUCAAACGCAUCAUCGAAUUGACGAAGUCGAAUUGACGUGGUAAGCCGAUGUUAAAUUAUAACUUCUAUUAUUAAUAAUUAUCCGCCGUGAAUACGCAUUAAUGUAAAAAUUCGUUUUGAUGAUUUUUGAAUCGGUUUUCUCCCUAUACUAUUACUGAAUAAUAAUUCUCACGACCACGUGGAAAACGAGCAAGCCUACGUAGUGACCUAACCGGUCAAACAUAGGAAAUCACCGAUAUCGUAACGAACGGCCUUUUUUUCUUUUUUUUCUCCUUCCUAAUUUUCAUGUAAACGGCUCUCGGUUUCUAAACGUGUAUUUUCUAUGCGGGGAAUAUUAUGUAACAAACCGAAAGCCCUAAUUAUUUGUAAAUAGUUGGACAGAGGACGUUUUUAAAAUUAUUCGAGUAUACCUACUUUUUACGUUUUGGCGCGUUGUUUGUUUUUAAUAUUGGCCGGUAUGAAUGUACAAUUAAAAUUUUGAAUAAAUAACGACGGGUAAUAAUUUUACCCAAUGGUUUAUAUCUGUAUCGUUUUACAAUGGUAAUUCAACAUAAUAAAAGUCCGCAGUAAAACGAAUUGGUUUUGGCGAGGCAAUGUUGUUUCGUUCGGCAUUUUACCUAUUUGCCGGAAACGUGUUGUCGUAAAAUAACGAUUUAUUAAUAACGUUGGAAUUUUUGGGUACGUACAGAUAUCCGAAUUUAAUCUCGUUCGGCAGUGCGUAAUUUUUGUUUAUGUAUAUACCUGGCGAUGUUUAAUAAUCGAAGAAUAUUACGGUACUCUCGGUUUUCUGGAAUGACCGCACGUUUUUCCCGAACUAUUUCGAACGCGACAUGCGUCGUAUUUUUGUACCUAUGCCAUUGUUCGCGGUAGAACGGCCGAGGCAUUCCCGGCGAAAACCGGCCAUUCUAACGCAUUCCCACGCCGCUCCUCGCCCGGGGCUUCCACCGCCGCCGGGCCAGGUGUAAAACUUUGCGGACUGCCGCCGUCGACCCGCGCACGCGGUGUGAUUACGCGUCGGUGUAUACGUAGCGGUACAACGUACGAACGCGCGUUCGCGAAGAGCGCACGGCAAAUAUUCUGUAUGCCUACUCAAUAUUUUUGAAUUGUUUUUUUUUUUUAUUUUUCGCUUUCAAUUAUUCCGUAAUUGUGGUCGGAAUUUUUGUUAACCGCGCCAAAAAGGAAGAGGGGGGGGGAAGUUUUGGGGUAUAGAUUUCGUGUUGUAGAUGACGUAACGGAGAAUACGAUGGGAUGCGCUCCAACUGUACACACCAUCACAGGGAACGUCUCGUCCGAUUCCGACUCUCGAAAUGGUCGUCGGUUCGUUAAUUGAGCACCCCGCGUAGUCGGCGGCAGUAGUAACCGGUCGUUCCCUGUCGCAACACACCGGGGACCGGGGUCCAGCGAUCCGUAGCUCGGUCUGCGUGCGCGAAACGACGCCGUCUUUCUCUCGUGAAAAACGGUGUACCUACCAUUUCCUCCGUCCCUAUCCCUCGCCGUCCCAUUUGACCGCCGCGUAUUAUCACGGUUGCGUUUACCCGCGUUACGUAUCAAGACACGAGCACGCGUUGUUUCGAACGCGAAUAAAAUGCCGUAACGGCGGCCGAUUUCGUUUUGUUUUUUUUUUUUUUUCUGCACGGUAGAGAUCCACCGAGAGUGUACGAUUUUUUUCCUUUCCGGAUCGACUACCGUGCUAUUUCUACUGUUGGUUGUUGUACAAUGAUUGUUGGUAACAAUAACGUGUAAACAACGCUACCAAAACGACUGUACCAGCGAUGAGUGUUUCGCAACCGAGGCGAUUCCCGUUCGCGCCCACACCCCGCCCCGUGUGAUUCGUUUUAUUCGGUCCCCGCCGCAGGUAUAAUAAAUUCCAAACUGCUGCUCUGAUAUUAUCCAACUCGUGUGUUUUCGGUCGAAGCGUAAAGAUGGGCGCCACGAUUGACAUUUGUGUGUGGGUGGGUGUGUGGGGGGAAGGGACUAAUGACUUUUUCGUUCCCGUGCUCAUUCCUUUACUCUGUGAUAUAUUGCAAUGCAUUAUCGUAAUUGAAAUCGUUGAUUUUCAGCGACAUUAGCCAAAAACAAUAUUAACUACGCAAUACGCAUCAAAUACUUGUUGGCGGGUGGCGUCGAUCCCUUCGUUUCCCCCCUCCCGGUCCCAUAUCCGUGACUAAAGACGAAAACGAUAAGUCGCGCCUUUUGCACGGUUCUUUAGCGUCCGAUUUGUUUUGUUCGUUUUUUACGACUCGAAUAAGAAUAACAUUGAAUUAUUAUUUAGAGAAAAAAAAAAGAAGCGAUUUCAAAACCAAUAACUUCGCGUUCCACAAUACCGCGUAGCAGCGCACCACCGCGGUCGGAAAACGAUUAUAACGCCGGUCGCGCCGCACUCGUUACCCAAACGCUUACCGUCCGUAUCGCGGAUGAAAUUCCCACGUAGCGGCAGCGGGCCGGCAAAACCGUCUGUAAUUAAUCGUUCGACGUGCGCGGUCAGUAGCAAACGACACCGUCGCAGCGCGACCGGGGGACACCGGGCGAUCGCGGGUUUCGCCCGCGAUUGUAUUACCGUCCGGCGAUAGUGUCGUUUGCCGACACGGUAUUCUGGGUAUUCCGACCGCCCGUCGACGUAAUUGUCGUUCGGUCGUGAACGGGCGGAUUAUUCAUGCACACGCCAUUGCGGCGCAGGCACUCGGAAUUGAUAACUUGUCCGCGUUUCUCCGAGCCGUUAAUUUCGCUAUUAUAUUUUCGGCGAAUUUCCCGGACGUCGGCCCGUUGUCGGUCGCCGCGCGAUGGACGUUCGGGAAUGUGCCCCCCCCCCGCCCGCCCGCCCGGGGAGGUUUUCGGCCCUUCCGCGGCGCGCGCCGCCCGAUUGAUUUUCCGUUUCGCAAACACCGGGCGGCGGCCGUUCGUCCGGCUUGUCGAAACGCGUCGGGUCGGGCGGCCGUACGCCGCGGACACGGAAUCGUGCCGGGAGAACCGUACCGACAACGGUGCGGUGCGCGGACGCGGCGGUAGCGUGCGUGUCGCUCGGCUUGUGACCCGAUGUUGCCGCGUAACUUCGUCCGCUAUUGUACGAAACCCAACGCAAACAUUUCCAUUCCGUUUUGCCGAGUACAUUUUGCGUUCUGGUGUUGGGUUUUUUUUAAAUCCAAUGCGUCUCGUCGUUUUAUGUUUUGUCGUGGGGGGGACCCAACCGAUUGAUAUUAUUGGCGAUCAAUAACGAUUGAAUGUGCGUUUACAACAAUAAACAUUGAUAAACGGAAAGCAAACCGGCGGUUUUGGUAAAACACGCUCGGUACGCGUGCCGGCAUAAUUGUAUCGGUGUACCGGUCCACGCGUAUUGUCGACAAGUCGAUCGAGACGACGCCAUUAUUCGGCAUAGCGUGGACGCGUUCUCACGGUUCUCAUAUAAUUAGUAUUCCGUGGGUUGGGUUGGGUCAACACCGUGUCGCGUGUAGAUACCUAACCGAACAACGGGCAAUUAUACGGCGAGGUAGCUGAUGCUGGUUUAUAACGUGUUAAUACCGUCCGCGUGCCUAUAAGAAAAAAAAAAUAAAUAAAUAAAUAACGAACACUGCGAUGGGAAAUAAUAGGUAACGCGGAUCGGUGUGUACCUUUUGGCGAUUAUUAUCCUCACAGGUAAUAAAACAGCCCACCCUCCGCCAUCGGAAGGGUUUGGGUAUAAUAAAACCCAGUCGUCGAUCGUAUAGUAUUCUCGUAUUGUUCGUUGUUCCCGGAAUAUAAAUACGAAAGUGUUAAAUUCCUAUCGCCAUGGGUUUGGUAAAAACGGGUUUUUGUAAUGGGGAGAGAGAGAGAGAGAGAAAAAAAAAGGGUGGUGGGGACUGCUCGGUAUCGAUGUUAUCGUAGUACCUGGUGUACUGUAGUGGUAGGUAUUUCGAGUGAUAUUUCACGUGCAUACGAGUUUCAUCCCAACAUGUACUACGAAUAUUGCCCGCCGCGAUGUUAGGUUAGGUAGUACACGAAAUUGUACACCGCUCGCUUCCCAGAAAUGUUCACGCGCGUUGCAUACCACGAGAAACAAAGCAGUGGUUCAUAAACUAAUAAUUAACGAUAUUUAUAAUUUUAUUGAAAACAAUAUAACAUAAUCGGCAAAAACAUUUACACGGGCGGCAGUACUUGUUCGGAUGGGCUUCGUGGCUCUGUUUAUGGUUCGACCGUUUGCUUUCUUUUUCGACAUUACUUGAUCGCUUUCGUCUACUCUCGAACGAUAUCUCUUAACGAGAGUUUACGUUUUCCGUCAAUAAAAAACGAAAAAAAAAAAAAAUCGAUGUAUUAUUUUAGUUAUUUUCCGAUAACCCCUAUGUCCCGGCUUCUACCCCAUAUUAUUAAUGUUAACAAUAAUUCGUCGGGACCUGUUGCCGCGGACACUGACGGGAAAGCUUCGGUCAGUGGACGCCGCUUGCGAAAUUUUACUCUGUUUAUUACGUUGUUUUUUUUUUUUUCUGUAAAAUUAUGUCAGAAAACAUUGAAGUGAUAACUAGAAAACGGCGGGCAUAUUGUGCUGGUUUACUGUAAUUUUAAAUCUGGCAACGCAUAUAAAUUAUGAAAACGAUAUAGCUACGCGGUGUAGGUGUUACGGAAUAACAUGCCUACACAAUUAUGUUCCGAUUGGGUUAGGUUAUCUUUGGGUCGGAUUAGUAGGAAAUCAUUCCGUAGGCCGGUGGUCCCCAGACUUUUUUUUAAAAACACGACGCAUCGUACAGCUGCUGUUGGUCUCUACAUAAUUUUCGCGGCACCCCUAGAGAACGUUCGCGAACGACCUACUGGUUGGUUACCGGUAACCCUACUGGCAGACCGCGUUUUAGUGCAGCUGUUGAAUCACAACACCGGCCUUGUAAAUAAUAAUAUUGUUAAAUUGUAAUAAUCUAAUGCUCGAUAUGGUAUUAUAGAGACUAUACAAGGUACUGUAGUACCUACAGUGGUUUUAAAAUUGGAUUCCGCUGGGUUGAUAUAUUUUUUUUGUAUUAUCCAUUAUUUGUGAAAGACCACCGGUUACGGCGAUCCAUGUGAUCCUACGUGAAGUGUAAAGUCGUAACACUGUUUUGAUUAUGACUCGUUUGAGUACAACCCGUUAAUGUUGGUUUUAGUUCUAAUUGUGUUUUGCUCACAAAUUAAACAAUGACCGAACAAAAAAUGUAUUACUGUUUGUGAAGUGUGCCGAGGUGAAAGAAAGUUUGAAAAUCACUGCAUUUGUGCAGACUAUGCAUAAUAUUGUUUUCCAUAUCGGUUUAUUGUUUUCUAUCUGCGACGCGUUCGUCAUCGUGAAUCUCGGUUUAAGUACUCUCGAACAGUAUUUAUCUAAAAUAAUAUAUUCAUUUUUUAUUUGAGGUGUAAAACUGAUAUUGUGUAAAGGAGGCGGUCGAUGGCCACUGGUCACUGGUGGUAAACGGUUACGCCCCAUUAAUGGUUCCUGAUGACCGUACAAUACCAAUUGAGAAUAACCUCAAAAUAUCGUCAAUUGUUUCCUAAGAGGUACUACUGUCGAGUUACGUAUCCGACGUAGUCGACGUAGUUGACGCGUACCCCACGCGUUAAACUAUAACGUUUUGUUAAAUUGUUAGGUUAGCGUCAUCUGCCACCGCCCAUCAUUUUCACUGUUUCCUAUUGUUAUUUUUCACGACCGGAAAACAUUUGGGAUUCGUUGCGAUAUCUUUCAAUUUAGCCGUUUUUCUACGCGUAUUAAACGUAAGUAUACUAUUAUUAAUACGAAAUAAGAAAAUGCGAUUGUUUUAAUAGUAUAACUAUUGUUUUAUAAUCGGUCGCUAGUAGCGAAUGAUCUUUACUCUCAGAUCCGCAUUUUCUUAUUAGUUUUCACCUUAAAUUAUUUCACAUUUUGAAGGGCGUUACUUCGAUUAAAUAUCGUGACAUCUAAAUGGUUUUCACCGCGAAAUACUUGUAUAAUACCCUCCUCACCAUUAUUCGCCUGUUCAGAGUUUCCUAAAAGUUUCUCUAGUCUCGCCGAUUUCACAUAAUAAACGUUUUCUAUCAUUACAGGUAAAAUAAGUAUUUUAUAUUCCAUAUUCUCCAAUGUCUUUUCUUGAUAACUCCCCAAUCAUUGAGUUAAUGUCCACUACCAACCACAGUCCAUAAUCAGCUUUUUCAGUUUGUAGGUACAAAAGUGAAUCAUUCGUAAAACAUACUCUCUCCAUGAUAUUCAUCUCUAUGUAAUGCACUUAACUAUCAUAUACACUAGAAUUUAUAAUAUAUAAAAGUACUAGCUGUCUCGCGCUAAUUUGUAAUAUUAAUACUUUACCCAUAUUCAUUUUUGGUUUUGGCCUUUUUAGAACUGAACGAAUACAUAUAUACGUGAAAAGUAGGUAGUCUCCUUCGGCGGACUAAAUGUAUUCUAUUGUAAAAUUUAAAUAGUGUAAAUAAUAGUAAUAAUAUUAAUUAUAAUAGUUUUAUUUUCCUUUGCCACCCCUGAAUAAACAAAUAAUUUUUAUAAAUAAAAUAAAGUCAAGUUAAUUACAUCAUUUAUAACUCAAUUGUACCUAUUGAGUGCAAAUCAGCUAAAUUAAAAAUACCUAUAUUAUUAUUUUUGAUUUGCUCAUUAAAUAUUGAAUGAGGUUUUGACAUCACUGAGAUUACUAAAGAUUGAAUCUAGAUAGUUAAAAUAAUUUAUCGAUUGUCAUUAAAGUAUUAACUCGUGAAUAAUUAUUUUUUCAAAGGAAACUACUACUGAUAGGUACUAAUGCUCAACUAAAGUCAUCAAUUUACAAAGUGACUUAUCACUUUGUAAAAUAUCAAUUUUAAUUACUUUUUACAUUUUCUAUAUAGGUACCUACCCACAUUUUUAAUUUUUAAAGGAAAAAUUAUAAAAUAUAAAACACUAUUAUAGGUAUUAUUUUUACACUUAUUAUCUUAAUAAGUCAUGGUUUAAUCAUGAACUGAGAUAUACUUCCCCAUCUGAGCUGUGAUUUUAAUAUUGUGUGUACCCUCUUGUGUUUAUGUUUAUAUAAGAUACAAUUAUCUAUUCAGAUAAUUGAAAUAACAAUAAAUAUACAGAUAUAUACAUACACCAUAAAUUAUAUUAUUUUAAUGUUGUAUGUGCUAUAGGUACUUUUAAUAAUAAUCAGCUCUUAUAUAGUUUUUGUAUACUGUAAAUUCAUUCAUUAUAUUUGAUCAUGGUAAAUGGUUGAAUUAAAAUGUUGUUAAAUUACUUAAAAUAUUUGUUCUUAUUAUUUGGUACCUAUUUGUUUUAUUUAGUUAAAACUAAUAUUGGUGCCAGAAAGCGUGACCGACUAAAUUAAAACAAAAUAUAUUUUUGAUAUUGAAUUCGAAAUUUACUUAUUUCAAUAGUUUUAAAAGUAUCAUACAUCUUAAAUUACAGGUUCAAGCUAAGAACAUUAACCAAAAUUGAAAAUUCCAAUGUCAUUUCCGACAUCUUACUUUACCAUAAUAUAUACCUAGUUAUUUUAUCAUUCAUGAGCAAUUAUGAUCAGUUACUCUUUCAACCUUGAUACCGGAUUUAACAGAUUAACUUAAAUCACUUUUUUUGAAAUUUUUCAUUAACUACAAUUACUAUUUUUUUUUUCAAAUUGUAGAAAAGUAGCCCUAAAAGUAUCGCCACGUCUCUUCAGUCUAUUUUUCAUAAUAUUUACUUGUAAUUUAUCAAUCAAGCUUAUUGUUCUAUUAGAAAUUGGUAAUUUUUUUAGAAAUAAAUAUUUUUAACAUUAUUGACCAUAUUUAUGGUUUUAUGCAGUACAAUGAGGAUGAAUAUUGUGGACGAUUUAUCUAUUACAGAGUUAAUGGAAAAAAAAAUUAUUUGGCAUAUUUGAUCAUAUUUUGAAGAUUUGAGAAUAUUGAGCCUAUUUUUCAUAUUUUAAAAUAAAUUAUUAUUAUUUUGUAUUAUUAUUCAUAAAAAAUCAUAUAUUGAGCUCCUCAUUUCUUGAGUUCUGAUAUUUUCAUUGUAAGAAAAAAUGAUUAUUAUUUAUUUAAUUUAUUAUGAUAAAAAUCAUUCAGUUUCUGGGUUUGUAGUCAAAUUGGUAAUGUUGGUUAAUCUAUUUCUCUCUGAACAAAAUCAUAAAGAUAUUUUGGCGAACAACAAUAUUUAGUAUCUAUGAAUUAUUAAUAUAUGUGACCAAAUGUUUUAAAAUGAUAAAAAAGAUUCAAAUCCACCAUUAAUGUAGUUUAUUUUUUAUUUUUUUAAAUGCCGAACCAUAAUUAUAUUAUAAAACAUAUUUUAAAUAUAGCAGAGUUUUAAUAAUACACUAAAGAAAUGAUACAAGUAAAUGCAUAUUUUAAGGGUGAUUAUCAAGUUUGAGUACCUAUUAUAUUAUUAUAACAUAAAGUGUAAUAUUAAUGGUAUAUGCAAAUAUUGUAAAAUUUAAUGAAUGUAGGUAUAAUAUUAUACAAAUAUUAUUUAAAAAAAUAUAUAGAGCCUAUUUAAUUAUUUUAUUAUAAUAUAGCAUUUAUAUUGUUGACAAAGCAUCACUAUCAAUUAAACUCUACUCAGAAUCUUUUUUUCGUUACCAAUGGUUUAUCGUUUAUUAAAUACUAUAUUUAUAUAUGGUUUAUUAAAUUCUUGUCUGUAUCCUACCUUCCCAACUUUCUACCUACACCAGUGACUGCAUCCGUUCUCAUUAUCUUACAUAUUUCUUAUUGUAACUUGUGUACAAUUCUAUAAAUUAUUAUUUUAAAUUAAAAAACUGAUAUUUUUAGAAUAUUUUACAUUUUUAAGAAUUAUUAAGAGAAUAUUUUAAGGUUUUCUUUAGAGGACAUUAGUAUCAUAUUUUAAACUUUUAAGACCCUAAUAAUCCGCUCUGUAAUUAUUAUAUUGAUUACUUCGUAAAACAACUAAGUAAAAUAAUAUUAUUUUUGUAUACAGUCUAUAUUUUAUAAGCCAAUAAAUGCUAUUCAGCGGUCGGUUAGCUCUUGUUGUUAAAAAUAAACUUGUAUAUUAGUCGUAGACUCGUAGUAGGUAUUAUUAUCGAUGAAAUAGUUUUUAUAACGUUUUUAAACAGUAUUAUAUUUUGCCAACCUUUUCAGUUUAUACGGUUUUCGGAUAAAACUCGAUUGUCACUUACUUGCUUCGUACUGUAAUACAUUUUCAACGAACCCUUUUCAUUUUUGUUAACAUUAUAUGCGUCCGUCGGUUUUACGUAUAUGAUGGAUACGGCCGCCCGGGACCCGACAACGACUCCACACCUGCAUAACAUACAGCGUCUCCUUUUUUCGCUUUAUCCCUCGCACCAGGUGUCCAAUGGAUUUCUCUUUUCUUCCCCCCUCGCAUAUAUAUACCCCAACACUGUACAUUUAUUUGUUACGGUGUGCGAUGUUUCGUUAAACGAAAUAUUUUCCGUCCGUUUUUAUUGGUAUGUUAAUGGCGUCUUUAUUAUAUUAUUGUCGUUGUGCCGGAGCCGGUUCGUGGAGGGUUCCCUGCAAACGUAAUAAAUAAACGGACGACGUGAAUACCCGUGACAGUUUCAAUGAUAUUUCGGCCUUAAAAUUUUGAACAAUAGAUCCUGCCACAUGUUUUUAUUUUGUCCGCAUUCCAUUGAACACUGUUGAAAACGGUCGACUUGUUCUGUCGGGAUUAUAAAAUAUUCUGCGCAUUUCGAAAAAUCGGUGUACAUUAUGGUACACCCCAUAAUAUAUAUUAUUUAUACAGAUGUAACAAUACAAUCGGGUUUUAUUUUACAAGAAAGAAAAAUUUUUACGCGAUUUUAGAUUAAUAACACAGUAUACGAGAUGAUUAAUCUAUCAUAAGAAAUUCAUUAUCUUGGAAAGUAUUAACUUUUUCUGGAAUUUUUUUUCUAGCAUUUAGAACAUUUAGAAACAAGCUGCCCUACAGUUUUAAAUUUAUAUUAUUUUUAUGAGUAAAACCACUACCUGCUUUUGAUUUUCAAAUGGCAACCUAUAUUAAAAAUUCCAUAAAUAGAUGAAGUAUUAUUUAAAAUAAAUUUCAAUGUUGAAAUUUUUAAUUUCCGUUAAUCCAUUUACGAGAUAUUCCACUUUUAAGUCGGAGGAGAAUAGUGGAAUAUCAUUUUAUAGCUGUAUGGCACGCUGCAUGUUAAUAAUGCACCACCAGUUAUCACUCCCAACCCCGAGCCAAAACUUAAAAGUAGAAUAUCUCGUCAAGGGAUUGAUGGAAAUUAAAAAUGUUGAGACCAAAUUUAUUUCAACUAAUACCACAACUAUUUAUGGAAUUUUUAUCAAAAAAAAGCAAAGUUUGAUUUUUAAAAUCUAAACUGGUAGUGGUUUUAUCCUUAAAAAUAAGGAUGACGAAAAAACAACAAAUAUAAAAUUGUAAACUUGCUUGUUUCUUAAAAAUUCUAGAAAACAAAUUCCGAAAAAAGUUGACACUUUCCGAGAUAACAAGUGUUUUAUGAUAGAUUGAUCACCCUGUAUAUAUAUAUUAGCUGUCGAAUGCAAAAAUUAUAUAAAAAACAUUUUUCUUUCAAAGAUAAAUUGGUAUUUCAGGUUUUAUCAAUUCUUUGUAAAUGUAUACGUUUUUGUGGCUAAUAAUUAUGUCAAUAUUGACAUAAUUAUAUGUCGUAUAAUGUGUUUCUUUUGAUGAUUUAUCUUGUCAAUUUUUGUUCAGUGAUAUAUCAUACUUAAAUUAUAAAAAAAAUGAAUGUUAAAUAAAAGUGUUACUCAAUUUAUUGUUUUUAAUUUUUGUAACUUAUGUUUUCUACUAGAAACAUAACUCCAUUUUAAAAAUGACAAAAAAUCAAUUGUGUUCCUUUUGAAAUAUAGCUUUUAAUAAUAGAGAAAGUAUUUUUUGAUAUCUGAAGCAGUUAUCAUAAUAAUUAGGAAAAACAAAAAGUAUGAUUUUUUUUUUUACUAUAAAUAUUUGGUAAAAAUGUCAGAAAACUGGUUAAUUUAACAUAGUUAUUACCUAUUGAUUAUUCAUUCUGUUGUAUUCAAGUUAAUAUUAUUCAUAAAUUCGAAUGUAUUCUUAAAUAUGGUAGUUUUAAAAACUUAUUUACUUUUGUUUUUAACUUUUAAAUUAUACAAUUUUGUAAUUUAUUUAAAUUAUUUUCUAUACACAUUUAUUUUCAGAUAAUGGCUGGAAUAGCAACAAUGCGUCUUAUGGAAGAGAGAAGAAUAUGGAGAAAAAAUCCAAUUUUUGUAAGCAUUGUGUUUAUACAACUUGCCUACCUAUUAUAAAAAUUGAUAAUUUAUACAUUUUUGUUUUUUUACUUUAUUUAUUAUUAUUAUGGCUAAAGUCUAAAUUAAACUUGACUAUUAUUAUUAUGAAAUAAUUGAUAAUAAUAUUCAUGGAAGUGUUUCUCUUUUCACAUUCUUAUAUGAUUACAUAGAUAUCUGAAAAUGUCCAUAUAUUAGCGAAUGACCAGGUCAUUGUGCAUUUCAAUGCUAGAUUUUAGAAGUUCAUUGCCUUAAAUUUUUGUCUAACUUUUUGUUACUACAUAGUACAACUUACAAUGAAUCGUGUAUAAAAUGUUAAAUCAUUUCUAUUCAGUCAAACAAUUAUAUCCACAUAAUUAUUAAAUAAAUAGCUCAAAUAUUACCAGAAUAUUAUAAAAAUUUUUACCACAUUUAGAAAAGUACAAUAUAAGUAUUUUGUGAAAAUUCCAGGUCCAUACUAAUAUGUUUCUCCAUAAAAAAAUAACAGGAACUAUAAAGAUAAAGACAGAUAAAACUAAUAAAAUUGUUAGACCAAACAAAAGUGCUUAAAAAGUUUAUUGCAGUAUUUUUUUUUUAUAAAUUUUAAUAUUAAAUGUUGAUCAAAAUCUUAAAUAUUAUAAUAUUAUCCCUCUAUUCAACAUUCACAACUUCCCUUAUCUAAAACAGUGGCCACUCAUUUGUUUCCAUAUCCAUUUAAUAAUAUUUUAGAAUUAGUACUUAUCAUACAACUUUUACUGUAGGGAUUUGUUGCCAAACCAACUAAGCAUCAAGAUGGUUCAUUGAAUCUUCUUUUGUGGCAAUGCAUUAUACCAGGAAAGAAGGGUGUAAGUAUAUUACAUUUGUUUUUUAAUUAAUAUAAUUCAGAAUUAUUGAUUUUGUAUAAAUGUUAGUAAAUGAAAUGUAUUAAUAGCAUCAUGUUUUUAAGAUUAUGGAUUAUACGAUUUACUGAACUGUUAAUAUAAAUGAACUUUAUCUCCAGGGGGGGCACACGUUAGUAUAAUUGGCUACAGCGCGGGUGAGGGCACAGCCCCCCUCCUGCUGGCGGCCUUGUAUUACAUAUCAAUUUUUCACUGGCAUUUUAUUGCAUAUAGUUCCAUCUGAGUAUUACUUAUACUACAAGAUUAAGUUAAACUAAUUGCAGUGUAGGUUUAAAUUAUAAAUCUAAAUUGUAAAUUGAUUAUUUAUAUUAUUUUUAAGUUUUAUUAUAGUAUAGUAAGUAAUUUAUGGCAUUCUGAGUUAAAUAUUUUUAUUAAAUUUAAUAUAUAUAUAUUUACAUACUAAAUUAAUUAAUUAUUAUAUUUAGACUCCUUGGGAAAAUGGUAAGUACGCCUUAACUUUGACAUUCAGUGAUGAUUAUCCUACAACUCCACCUAAGUGCAAAUUUACUCCUCCAUUAUAUCACGUCAAUAUAUACCCAUCAGGUAAAUUAUAAUAUAACAGUCAUUGAGACUUAUAUAACAAUCAUUUUUAAUUUGAAUAAUUUCAAUCAUGGUUGUUUAUAAUUAUAGGUACUGUUUGCCUGUCUCUUUUGGAUGAGUCCAAAGAUUGGCGUCCAUCAAUUUCAAUUAGACAACUGUUAAUUGGUAUACAUGAUCUGCUGACUGAGCCCAACGUAAAAGACCCCGCAAACGCUGAGGCUUAUAAUGAUUAUUGGUAAUUAAAUUGCAUUUAUUAAUAUUAUAUAACACUGGAAUAUAUGAUCAUUUGGAGUUGAGAUAGAAAGUUUAGUUAAUUUGUGUGAAAAUGCAUACUAUUCUUAAGUUCACAUAGUUGGGUAACUGAUUCACAUGGGAUUGUUUGGCAUUGAACUAUUAGGUUGAUUACUAAUAGUACCCAUUUUAAUAAAGAGGUCUAUGGUUAAGAGAAAUUCUCAGGGCACAGAUAUAUAUUAUUAUUAUAAUAAUAUAAUUAAAAUAAUAAUAUUAUUAAUAUUAAACACAAUUAAUAAUUGUUAAUUAAAAUUUUAAUUAAAAUUAAUUAAAGUUAAUUAAAAAAUUAAUUAAUAAUUAAUAUUAAAAUAUAAUUAAACACAAUGCUACUAAUUCAUUUUUGAACUGUAAGCUGUUAAGUUACAGAUACUGAAACAGUUCAGAAUAGUUCAACAAAGUGAAUAGUAUAAAUAGUUCAUUGGCGAAAAUACUUGAAAAUUAAUUUCUGUUGAUUAAUAUUAUAUUAUCAAUUUAAAUUUUUAAUAUUUUAUACUUAAAUUAUCAGUACAUUAAGGGUUUUUAAUCGGGUACCUGUUUUAAACAUUGUUUAUAAAAAAAAUUGUUCUUAAAUAACUCAUUGUCACUAAACUUUGAUAAAUCUUGUUAUUUGCACUUUAGUAUUAAUAUGUCAAAAUAAUGUUUGAGGUUAUGUUUUGAAAAAACUUGGUUAUGUUAAAUGUUUAGGUAUUUCCAUAGAGUAAAAUUUAAAAUGGAAUAUUCACAUUUAUUAUAUCAAGAAUUUUUUUACAUACUCAGCAUACAUACCUACAGCAUUCUAGAAAUUAUUUAUUUUAUCAACUAAUUUAAGAAUUAUAUAAGUCAAUCUGUUAUAAGUUUUAGAAUACUCUUUUGAGAAACGUUUAUAAUAUACAUAUAAAUAAAUUAAAAAUGAUUAUGAAUUCACUUUUAAGAUUGAUGAUUGUGAUUAUUAUUGAAUAUUAAUUUUUUUACACUUUUUUCUUAAAAUUAAAACAGCUAUUAUUAAGAAACAUCAAUAGGAUAUAAAUACAUGAUUUAUUACAAAAGUGAAUAAAUAUAAAGUUUUUUUUUUCUGCGUGUUUAGGGGUAAAAUUAAAAAUUGUUCCACUGGAAGCCAAACCAAUGGAAAAAAAAUAUAAUAUUAAAAGGACUAGAAAGUUUGAACAUGGUGGAACACAUGUAUUUUAUAUCUAUAUUUUAUUUUAUAUACUGUGUAAUAGGACUAUUUUACAUUUUUAUAUUGUAACAUGUAAAAAUGUCAAAUAUUCUUGUAUGUGUGGAUUUAUUUAAUUUCUUUCUAAUGAUAUACUUUAAAUUUCAAUAUUAUUAAUUGUACUUAUUUUUUAUUUGUUUAAUGUAGCUCUAAACCCUUGAGAUAUCAGAGUAAUAUAAGACAGCAAGCAAGAAGAUUCGAUUAUUCUUAUUGAUGACCAAGGAUCUUUUUAGAAUAUAAUAUACUCUGUAUAGAAUAUUCAAUAACCUGAUCCUUUUUUUUUUUUUUACUUUUACUUAUAAACCAAAGUGGUACUAUUACAUUACAAUAACAAGUUUUUUUUUGAAAUAUAAAGAGGAAAAAUUUAGUUUAUACUAUUAAAAUUAAGAAAAUAAGAUAAUGUUAGAAUGGAUAGUGAUAAUUUUUCUUAUUCUGUUAAUCUUAGUAUAAGUUAACCUAAAGAGUUGGUUUUUUUAUUUUUUUUUUUUUUUUAAUAAUUUUUCUGGUUAUUGAACAGACUAGACUAAAGCUAUUUACUAAAGUGUUAUUAUUUACUAACUGAUUAUUAUAUGUAUUGCAG